AUGCAACACAGAUGCGCCACCGCUACCUGUCGAACCAAACCAAUGGAAUUAAACUCGAACCUACCGCCCAAACCAAAAGCCGUCGACGUUGCGGAGAAACUGAGUCACACGAAUCUCAGUUUGGGACCCGCACAAAGCAUAAACGAGCCUAAAGAAAGAAGAAGGUCUACAACCACCCAUCCAAAUCAGAGCGUUCUCUAAAGGAGUGUUCCACGACGGGGCAUAAUAGCUCGAGCUACAUCGGCGAGAAAGAUCAGCUCGUUUUCCGGCGUAAUCUUUAAAAUCUCCGAUGAUCUUUUGUGUCAAUUCACGGAGUUUUUUAUCAUCAGAGUCAGCCUCGGCGGUGCCCUCGUGAGAUCGUCGUUGUGCCAAGGCAUGUUUAAUCUCAGGGACGCGUUGAGAUUGUAAACUCAUCCACUGUUGAUAACAACUUUCUUGAGCUUGUUCGAUGUUCUUACCUUUGUUCUCCAUAUUGUUUUUUUUGGGGGGGCAAUAUAAGUAAUAAUAUUAUUGGUUACUCUUUUUGGAUGUGUAUAUGUUUUCGUUUUCAGUGUUUCUGUUUCCAUUUCGUUGGGUUUAUAUAAAGUUAAAUGCACC